UAUUUGUCACAUUGGGACCGGAUUUCGGGAAAAUGAAUCGGUUUUGGUUGUUAAUAUUCGGCCUGCCCUUCGUGGCGGCAGCGACAAUAGACUUGAAAGACGAACCUCUAGAUUGGCCUGGAACAUAUCAUUUCGAAGCCGUCAGGAUGUCAAUUAGUGCCGGCAACGUACAAGACUACUCGGUAUGGAAAACAAAUCAUUCGUCACGCGUCGACUACAACAAAGGAGCCGUAAAAAGUAUUAUCGUAGAUGAAAACGAAAAAUACAGAUACGGAGUUUCAUAUGAGAUCCACCCAGAAACUGACGAUGGUGAAGAUCCAAUUUUCAAGUGUAAUGUAUUGCUUGGAUCUGAAGAUAAUAUGUUCGACUUAAAGGUUAUCUUGCCAGAAACCGACAACUUUGAAUACGUCGGACCUGAUUCACAAACCGUUGAAAACACUAUCAAGUUCGUCGCUGAAGAUAGCGAUUUGGAGACUAAGACAAUAAAGACUAUUUGGGCUACCUACGACGAGAAAAACAAUAACUGGCAUCCAGUCAGAUAUGAAGUCAAAAACUACAAUGAACUAUUAGGACUUUUAGAGAAACACGAAAUUUGGGAUUACUUUAAUUUCAACACCGGAUUUGACAAAUCAGCUUUCGACGUCAGCCAGUAUGACUGCGACGACGAAAAUGUUGAGGAGCAUACAUUACAGAGUGAAACUGUAACUAAAUUUCUCAUGUUCAUGGAUCCCGAAAAUGAUAAACAUGUUAAUCAUGUAUUUAACAGUUUCAAAAACAAAUUCGUCAGAAACUACGUUGAUAACAAUGAACACGAAACUAGAAGAAACAUUUUCAGGAAGAACAUGAGAUUAAUCACGGAAACAAACCGUCAAAAACUCGGUUACACACUAGGGGUCACUCAGUUUGCGGACCGCACUCCCGAAGAAAUGCAAAGACACAAGGGCCUGCGUACACGUCCCGAGGGAAAGGUCGGAAAUAUUCCCUUCCCAUAUCCUGAACACAAAAUACGGGAUAUGGCCGAAGACCUUCCCUCAGAAUACGAUUUGAGAAUCUUGGGCUACGUUUCUAAAGUCAAAAAUCAAGAAGAUUGUGGAUCCUGCUGGACAUUCGGUACCACUGCAGCUGCUGAAGGAGCCCUUGCUCGAAUCAACGGAGGAAGACUGUUGAGUCUAUCUAACCAAGCAAUCCUGGACUGCGCCUGGCCUUACGGCGGCAGUGGGUGCGAGGGUGGAUCCGACAAUGCAGCGUAUGAUUGGAUGAUGAAAUUCGGUUUACCAACCGAAGAAGAAUAUGGAUCUUACACAAAUGCGGACGGUAUCUGCAAUAUUAAAAAUAUGAGCACCAUUUACCCGAUUCGCGGUUGGACUGACGUCACGCCACUUAACGUUGAGGCUUUGAAGGUAGCUGCCGUGAACCAUGGUCCGCUUUCAGUAUCGAUUGAUGCUACUGAUAAAUUUUCGCUCUACACCGGUGGCAUAUUCUAUGACACCACCUGCACAACUAAACGCCUGAACCAUGAGAUGGCGUUAGUCGGCUACGGCGAACGCGACGGCGACACCUACUGGAUCAUCAAAAACUCCUGGGGCCCCGACUGGGGAGUCGAAGGAUACUUGCUGAUUUCAUCCCGUAACAACAACUGCGGUAUCGCAACAGAACCAACUUACGUAGUCUACUAAAACAAUCAGAGAGUUUAUCGGAUUAAACAAAUUGAAAGAGCAUGAAACAUGGAUUCGAUUGAGUUCAAUUAUAUAGUGUGAAAUGAAUUAUAAAUAUAUAU